AUGGCGACCCGUCUCCUUCGUCGGAAUAUCAAGAUCCUCGUGAUCAACGCCAACUCGUCCGAGGAUAUGACGAGGGGCAUGGAGAGGGCCAUACAAGCAAUGCACUUGCACGAUUCCCUCGAGAUUCACACCUACACAGCACCAUCUGAAAGUCCGGCAAGCAUCAACGAUGAUGCGGAUAUCAAGCUGAGCACCGAGGUCGUUAUCAAUGAUCUCGUCAAAAGCGGGAAGCUCCAAGACUACGACGGCGUGCUCGUCGCAUGCUAUAGCGUUCAUACCUUGGUCGAGCAGCUUUCGCAGCAGUUCCACGCCUCGCUGGCCGUCACCGGCAUCUUCGAGGCCAGCAUACUAACUGCAACCUCGCUGUUGCCUCACAGUUCUGACGCUUCACGCUCAUCGAAAUGGGGUGUUGUCACGACGGGCGAGUUCUGGGAGAAGCACCUAAGUCAAGGCGUGAAGGGUUAUCUAGGUCAACCUGACCAGUCAGAGAAUGUCAAGUUCGCGGGAAUUGCGUCGACCGGCUUGACAGCUGGGGACUUCCACCACAUCAGCCCGGCUGAAGUGAGGGUCAAACUAGAGCAAGCUACCAAGAAGCUGCUGAGUAGCGGGGACGUGCGAUGUGUGGUCAUGGGUUGUGCUGGCAUGGCCGGGCUCGAGGAGAUUAUCCGAAGCUCGGCCAAUGAUAUCUACGGUCCGAAGAAGGGCAGCCAGGUCUUCAUCGUUGAUGGCGUCAAGGCCGGCAUCUUGCAACUCGAGCAAACGGUCAGAAGCAGACGACUAUUCCAAACCUGA